AUGUACACGAUUGCCCAUAACGCGACCCACUACCGCAGCUGUUACCCACACUCAAACAGUAACUAUAACUUUCCUGUCCAAAAAGAGGAAAGUAAUCUAAUUACCCAUGAAAUUUGUUUCAGAAAUCAAUGUUUUUUUAUCUCUCUGUUGAUUAACUUCUCUACCCAACGGUCAUUUUUCCUACUCCUGCCAUUCCCAUAAUCAACAGAGCUUUUCACGUUUCACUUCAAACCCUCAAAACCCAUUUCCAUUUCUUCUCAAAUCUGAAGCUUUUAUCAACAAUGGUGAACUUUUUCACUUUCCUAAUCUUAUUCUCUCUUCUUCUCUUGAAACCCAUUAAAGCCCAGGAAGGAAAAGCAGUGAUUCAACAACAGCAGUUAUGGUGUGUGGCAAAGAACAAUGCAGAAGAUUCUGCCCUUCAACAAGCUUUGGAUUGGGCUUGUGGAGCUGGUGGGGCUAAUUGUGGGUCCAUCCAAAAUGGUGGGCCAUGUUAUGACCCAAAUGAUUUGAUUGAUAUGGCUUCCUAUGCUUUCAAUGAUUAUUGCCUUAAACAUGGGAUGACUGAUGAAACUUGUAAUUUUAGUAACACUGCUGCUCUCACUGCUCUUGAUCCAAGUCAUGGCAAGUGCAAAUACGCAUCAAGUACAUUCUCGGCUGCAAAUUCGACCACGCCUUCAACUGCAGGAAUAAUCCCUGGUAGUGAAGAUUUGAACAGUGGCACUCGGUUUUCUACCAUACAGGUUCGGAUAUUAGCCUUCCUGAAUCUGCUGCUCGCAGUUGUUACAUUUUGCCUAUGAUGAAAAAAUCGGUGGGAUCAUUCGACAUAAUUUAACGUUUGAUUUUCAUUUUUCCGAUAUCAUUCCUUGUGAAAUUUUGAUCUUUGUACUCUUGAUGAACAGAAUUAAUUAUCUGGUUUACUAGCUAUUGGUAUUAUUUUGAUAUAUGUAUAGUGUAUGUUCGGUUAUCUUAGUUCUUGUGACUUCUAGUAGCACAUGUAUGGUUUGUGGGCUCAUGGCAUUAAGGGGCUUUCACCUAAACGUUUAUUUUAGCGUGUUUAAGAGGUCGGAAGUUUGCGACCUU